CGUAGCUUUGGUUUUGUUUUUAGCGUCAUUUUAGUUUCUUUUCAAUAACAUUUAUUAAAUAUCCUAGUAAUGGAUGAAUUAAGUGAAGUGUUAAUUUCUAAAGUACAGAUCCAUCCGUAUCUCUAUGAUGAUCAACAUAAGGAAUAUAAAAAUCUAAGUGCCAAGGAGCAAGCUUGGAAAAAAAUUGGAGAGGAGUUGAAAAUGUCUCCUAUGAAAGUUAAAUCCAGAUGGAAAAAUUUGCGGGACUCGUAUGUUAAGUACAAGAAUCAAUUAAAUAAAGUCACUGAUGCUGCAAGCCUAGAAGCUGUACAUAACCGCUAUUUAAAAUGGACUGGCCGAACACAUUUGUCUUUCUUAGAUGAAACUUUAGCACGACGUUCACAGUCUUCGGCCCAAAUACCUCAGAAAUCGGAAAAUAUUGUAGCUUCAAUACCUUCAAAGCGGGCAAGAAAUUUAUCUCAUAGUAAAACUACACGGGACAACUUUAAAGUGUAUACAAAUAGAUUGAUUAAGAAAAGUAAAAGCAGAAUACGUUCAUCCUUUCACUCUGGCUCUUCAAGAGAGAGAGAGAGACGAGCCAAAAAUGCAUAUACCAGAGAAAUUCAACCAAGCGAGGACCAUUCGGAUUCAGAAACUAAUACCGUGGAAUUUGUACCGCCUGAAAACUGCCUCGAAAUAUCAACCACCAACGGGAUGGUAACGAAAGACAGCAACGUUCCAUUGCAUAUGAAACAAAAUAAAACAUUUGACACCGACAUUACUUUACAUUAUUUAGAGGACACGAGAAAAUAUCAAACUGUCCACGGACGAAGCGAUGCCAUUGAUUACCUAUUUAGCAGCUAUGCGCAAACAUUUCGCGCUUUGAAUUUACGCCAACAGGUCAAUAUAAAAAUUGAAAUGGCGAAACUUUUCGCUUCCGCUGAAUUAGAAAGCCUACAUUAAAAUAUGUUUAGUAUUCAUUAAUAAUUUGUAUGGAAUAUUUGAAGAUGAGCUUAUUUCUUCAAAAAAAUUGAUAACCCUGAAAUAGAAAUAUUAAUUUAAAAUAGUAUGUAAGCUUGCAUGUAAAUG